CUCCCGCAGCGCCGCCGCUCUCGGCCCCCGCCCGGCCCAACUUCCUCACAGCCGCGGCCGGGACGGGACGGGACGGGACGGCGGCGCCCCGCUGGGCUCCUGCUGAGGCGUGAGCGGGCGAUGCCGCUCGCCGCCUGGCGCCUGGCUCCCGGGGCGCGGCGGCUCUCGGUGGCGGCCACUGCCCCCACUGCCCCCUCGGGCGCCCCGAGAGCAGGUUUGACUGUAGGUACCAAAGCGGGGAUCGACGGCGCAUAAAGAUGCUGAAGGGUGUUUGGUUGCUCAGUUUGUUAACAGUGGCUGGGAUCUCGUGGACAGAGAGUCGCAAACCUGCCAAAGACAUUUGCAGCAAGAGCCGCUGCCCUUGUGAGGAGAAGGAGAACGUGCUGAACAUUAAUUGUGAAAACAAGGGAUUUACAACCGUCAGCCUCCUCCUGCCGCCCCCGUCCAAGAUCUACCAGCUGUUUCUCAAUGGGAACGCACUGACCCGCCUGUUCCCCAAUGAGUUCGUCAACUAUUCCAACGCCGUGACCUUGCACCUGGGCAACAACGACAUGCAGGAGAUCCGCACGGGGGCCUUCAGCGGCCUCCGCACCCUCAAGAGGCUGCACCUCAACAACAACAAGCUGGAAGUGCUGAAGGAAGACACCUUCUUGGGCUUGGAGAGUCUGGAGUACCUGCAGGCUGAUUACAAUUACAUCAGUGCCAUUGAAGCGGGAGCAUUCAGCAAACUGAACAAGCUCAAGGUGCUGAUCCUCAAUGACAACCUCCUGCUGUCCCUGCCCAGCAAUGUCUUCCGCUUUGUGCUCCUCACUCACCUGGACCUGCGGGGAAACCGGCUGAAGAUGAUGCCUUUUGCUGGUGUGCUGGAGCACAUUGGAGGCAUCAUGGAAAUCCAGCUGGAGGAAAACCCUUGGAACUGCACCUGCGACUUGCUGCCACUCAAGGCCUGGCUAGACACCAUCACCGUGUUUGUGGGUGAGAUAGUCUGUGAAACCCCCUUCAGGCUUCAUGGGAAAGAUGUGACCCAGCUCACCAGGCAAGAUCUCUGCCCUAGAAAGAGCUCCAGUGAUUCAAACCAGAGGGAAAAACACCCUGUCCUCUCAGACCCACACAUCUCGAGGCUAUCGCCCACAGCCAACUCUGCCAUCAAUCCCACCAGGGCCCCAAAAGCCAGCCGGCCGCCCAAAACUAGGAACCGCCCCACCCCCCGUGUCUCUGUGUCAAAAGACAGGCAAAUAUUUGGACCUAUCAUGGUUUACCAGACAAAGUCUCCUGUGCCCAUCACCUGCCCAGCUGGCUGCAUCUGUACGUCCCAGAGCUCAGACAAUGGCUUAAAUGUUAACUGCCAAGAGAAAAAGAUAAGUAACAUCUCUGACCUGCACCCCAGGCCAACCAGUCCAAAGAAACUUUACCUUACCAGUAACUAUCUGCAAGUCAUUUAUAGAACCGAUCUCACAGAGUACAGCUCUCUGGAUUUGCUACAUCUAGGAAAUAACAGAAUUGCAGUGAUACAAGAAGGUGCCUUUACAAACCUCACAAGUUUACGCAGACUUUACCUUAAUGGCAACUACCUUGAGGUUCUGUACCGAUCCAUGUUUGAAGGGCUGCACAGUCUGCAAUAUCUCUACCUAGAGUACAAUGUCAUUAAGGAGAUCCUGCCACGCACAUUUGAUGCUCUGAGCAAUCUUCAUCUGUUGUUUCUCAACAACAACUUGCUCAGAUCCUUGCCUGAUAAUGUCUUUGGAGGCACUUCCCUCACCAGGCUCAACCUUAGGAACAACCAUUUCUCUCACCUGCCUGUGAGAGGAGUCUUGGACCAGCUCUCGGCUUUGAUUCAGAUAGACCUCCAAGAGAACCCUUGGGACUGCACGUGUGACAUCCUGGGGCUGAGGAACUGGAUAGAGAAAGUCACUGACCAGAACAACCAGCAGUCUAAUCCCCCUGUAGUUAUCAACGAAGUAAUCUGCGAGUCUCCCACCAAGCACUCUGGAGAGCAUCUGAAAUUCCUGAGCAAAGAAGCCAUCUGCCCAGAGAACCCCAACUUGUCAGAUUCUUCUCUCCUCUCCAUGAACCAGAACACUGAUACCCCCCAUGUCGGUGUCUCACCCAGCUCCUACCCAGAAUUACACACCGAAGUUCCGCUGUCUGUCCUAAUUUUAGGCUUGCUGGUUGUGUUUAUUUUGUCCGUUUGUUUUGGGGCAGGUCUGUUUGUCUUUGUCCUUAAGCGCCGGAAGGGGGUGCAGAGCAUGCCCAGCAGUGCCAACAACGUAGAUAUAAGUUCAUUUCAGCUCCAGUAUGGGUCUUACAACACUGAGACCCACGAUAAAACUGAAGGACAUGUUUAUAACUACAUUCCCCCUCCUGUUGGACAGAUGUGCCAAAACCCAAUCUACAUGCAAAAGGAAGGGGAUCCAGUUGCCUAUUACAGGAAUCUCCAUGAGUUUAGCUAUAGCAGUCUUGACCACAAAAAAGAAGACCCCACCAGUCUUGCAUUUACCAUCAGUGCAGCUGAAUUGCUGGAAAAGCAGUCCUCACCGAGGGAACCAGAGCUCCUGUAUCAAAAUAUUGCAGAAAGGGUCAAGGAACUCCCCACCGGAGGAUUAGUUCAUUAUAACUUUUGUACCUUACCCAAAAGGCAGUUUGCCCCUUCAUAUGAAUCCAGACGCCAAAACCAGGACAGGAUAAAUAAAACUGUUUUAUAUGGAACUCCCAGGAAAUAUUUUGCAGAACAGUCUAAACCUGAGCAUCCUUUACUCCAAGGAAAGCUACAAACAGAACCAGACUACCUCGAAGUUCUGGAAAAACAAACUGCAAUCAGUCAGCUGUGAGGGGGGAGGUGGGAGACAAAAGAAAAUUUUUUAAAUGAGCUCAGCAUCAUAUUUCUUUGAGUCUGAACUCAGUACUGAUGUCAUCUGUCGCAUUCCCAACAUUUCCACUUUUUUAAAUCGGAGAAGGAGUGAGAGAGAAAAGGAACCCUUGCAGCAUAGCAGGGAUGUGGUGUUGCUUUUACAACAUUCCCUUUAAGUUAUUUCUAGAUCUCUCUCCUUUUGACCCUUCUCUAGGAACUGUCAUUGCAAAUGUAUCUUUCUGUAAUAGAUCUUGCAUAAAUUUUUUUGAUUUUGAAGGAAAUGAGGAAGGGGUCUUUUGGGUUUCUGUUUUUGUUUUUUUUUUCCUUUUCAUUUCAAAAUGGAAACUAAAUGUAUUAUGUAGAAGAUCUCCAAAGAUCUUUUUUUUCCUGGACUAUGACUUUCUUUUGUAAAUAAUAAUAUACAGUACUGCUGUUUCAAUUCCCAACUAUAGCCACUGGGCGUCACUUUUUUGUGUUAAAGUGCCUUUGCACUUUAAGUACAUUAUUACUUAAUUGUUGCUCUUAGCUUUGAUAAAUUGAACCUAUUUUAAUGUGUUGUAUUUUUGAAAUUAAAAAAAAUUGUAAAAUAGUUCUAUAUGUCAGCUGCAUUAAAUCAGAAGGUUUGAUAUAUAGGAAAGCUGCCCUUCUUUAAAUGAUUCUACUUCUAGGACCUUACAGACUUAAAUGUAAAUUAUUGGGGUGUUUUUUCCCUCUAGGUUUGUUUAGAGUGACUCAGAGAAAUCAACUGAGAGGAUUUAGCAAUGGACUAGAGGUUAUCAAAUGCCUCAGCUGGGAAUAACAGCUCAUUAAUAAAAGAUGUUUAACACAA